AUGCCUGAAAACUCCUCAUCUGCACUAGAGCUGGACCCCCGGAUCCCUGAACGUCUGUCCCGCCUUGAGGGUAUCAUCAAACAAUUUGGUGUAGCUGCCCAGGAGAAUCAUCAGGCUCAAGAAACCUCCCACGCUCGAGAAGCGAGCGAGACCCAUCCGUUCGAUCUAGACUUCAGUCGUCUCAAAGUUGACGAGUCCAAAAGCUACUACGUAAAUAAUGCCCUUUGGGUCACAUUGUCCAAUGAGGUUGAGGAACUCCGUGACCUCUUAUUUGAGCGCGCGAGCGAAGACAAUGUCCGGGAUCCGACACUAUCAACACAUUUCUCGCAUUAUUUAUCCACCAACAGUACUGCCGCCAGCUGUCCUCCCUCCCAGUUGGGGCUGAAUGCUGCCAUCUUCGGUUAUCGGGCCAUUACCUCCGCUCUCCAGAAUUUCCACCCUUCAUUGACCCAGGCUGUCACACUUUUCGCCGCAUUCACAGAGAAUGUUGCGCCACUAGUCCGCAUCUUCCGCAUGCCUACUUUGACACAUGUCUACUGGGACGCAAUUGCUUCUCUUGACUCUCUUGAUAAGCAUACCGAGACCCUCAUCUUUUCUACUCACUACUCGGCCGUGUCACGUGAAGCGGCCCUAGAGAGGUACCGGUUCGCCGUAGAACAAGCACUCGCCCGCGGUAACCUGCUCAACACCCAGAGAAUGAUCAUGCUACAGGCGGCAGUGCUCUUCUUAUCCGCAUUACCUAACAAGGACGACUCGCGCGCGGCCUGGUCGCUGACAUGGCUCAUCUACCAUAUCGCACGAACCAUGGGUCUGCACCGUGACGGGACGGUGCUCGGGCUCAAACCCUUCGAGACGGAAUUCCCCGAAACGCCUGAAAGCAUCGGCCAGUUAGAGCGCAACAUGCGCGACGAGCUCUUCCAAAAUUCCAUCCAGAUAUUAGAAGUAUCGGACAUGCUUCUAACAAACAAAGACAUUAUGAAAUGGAGCUGGAAUUCAACGACAUACAUCCAGUGGGCCGCAAUGGCAUUUGUACUUUCCGAGUUAUGCGCCCGGUCCCGCUCUCCCGAGUGCCAUCGCGCAUUGGACUGCGUGACGACCGUGUACGACGCAUGGAAAGUCAGCGGUGAUCAAGAAGACGAGAGCCGUCUCGCCCUCUGGCGGCCGAUCAGGCGGCUCAUGGCCAAGGCCCGCUACCUGAGUAUGCAUCGUUGCCUUGUUGACACGGAUGCAUCGACUGGAAAUUCCCCAAAGAUGUCGGACUCGGGCCUAUGUGACCACGCUCGCUUAGAGUAG